GUCAGGUUGAUGUCUUUCGAAAGCAAAAGUUGAUCGUCAUCUGCAAAAAUAGCACGCUCUUCUAGUUAGCUGCGUGAAAAAGUUCCAAACAUCGUAAAAUCAAUCUUCAAAUCGUACCAAAGUGCUGGUAAUUUGUAGCCGGUAGUACGUUUUACUCGAGCAAUCCAAACAACAUUUUAUAGCAAUGGCACGCUAUCGCGAGUGGGACCUCCAGUGCAAGGUCUACGUCGGUAAUCUGGGAUCGUCCGCCUCGAAGCACGAGAUCGAAAGCGCCUUCGGAAAGUACGGCCCACUGAGGAACGUCUGGGUGGCUCGCAACCCGCCAGGUUUCGCGUUCGUCGAAUUCGAGGACAAACGGGACGCCGAAGAUGCAGUUCGAUCGCUAGACGGAACGAGAUGUUGUGGAACCCGAAUCCGAGUGGAGAUGUCCUCUGGCCGAACCCGCCGCGAUGACCGCAGACGGCCGCCCCGCCGUUCGUACAGACUUGUUCGCUUUCUCGCCGUGCAAGCUCUUCAAGUAGUCUCCCAUCUACUGCCAAAAGUGCAACCGCCUCAACCGUCACCACAAACAUCACUUCUUCUACCGCCACAACUACUGCAAUCGCCAACGUCAGCACUUCAACAACUGCUGCAUCGUUCGACGACAUCGCUGCUGCUGCUGCCGCUGAAAACAAGCUUCUCAACUUGCUCUCAACCGCAGCAACAACAACCACAACGACGAAAUUUAUUGAAAUUUAUUCUUCCGACCUGAGGGAAAGCGGACAUCCCUUUCAACCGGGCGGAACCUAAUUUUGCUUGGGCCACACUACAAGCAACACUUCACUGAUCGGUGAGCACACGCCUUUGAACGGUGUGCUGAAAGCAAACUCGAUCCUUCGAUGGACACCUUCGCGCGGUUGUGCGACCAAUCAACGAUCUUCCCCACCUCCGAAGGCGAGCUCCGACGAUCUUCCGGGUUUCUUCUCCCAACUGUCAACCGCACGUCUUUCUUCAUCCACCACGACCGUCCGAAACCGAGCGCUACCAACUCUACGGCUACUCAUCUCAUCAGUCUUCCGAAUUGCUCUUCCUACUACUCUACGACACCAUCGUGACAGCCCUUCUACUACUACUACCACCAUCACCACAAAAAAAAACACCAACCACCAGCCACCUAUAAUACUACCGCUUCUAGUAUCGAAAUGUGUAGUGCGCCAAAGCAAAUCGCUAUCUGCAAUCGACCACGCGCCCUUCUAACUCCGCGUAACCAUCCGUAAAGCGCAUAAACAAAAAAAAACCAGCGCUGUAGAUAGUCACCAGCACGUCCAAUUUGUGGUCGUCAUCCGUCGUCGUCUUCAAAUCCUGGUCAUCAUGGUCUACACCACCAAAUCAACCAAGCAACCAACAUCCUAGCUUUUUCGAAAAGAGAGAGAGUUUCGCCACAGGCCGUGUCCACCACAACACACAAAACCAAACUGUAUUAUGCCUGCGACCCACACACUCGUCCCUUGGAAAAGCAGUUUACAAGCGUUGUUUUGCUCUUUAUUUGUUAAUUGUUUUCAUUUAUUUUUUGUUAAUUAGAAGUAGUUUAGAAAUGAUGACCGAUGGCGUAUUUCUUUACGCAAUGUUUGUAGUUCGUUCCAAUUUCUCUCCGAUUCUAACAAUCAUCUGGUCAUUAUCUAAUACCCAAAUAGAAAACUCGGGCUGGUAACUUGAUUUGGCAAUCUUUGAGGGAAAUCAAAUGUUUAGAAUUGUUUCUUUUUGUGAUACCAAAACUUUGGUAUUUCAUGCAAUGGAUUAUCUUCUUGAAUUAUUUUUCAGUAGUUUCGUGGUAUCACAAACAAACCAAUACUUCUAAUUCGACCAAUAUCAGCGCAGUGUCUCUCCAUUUCUGACAACACUUCUGUUAGUUGCUUUGAAUAAUAGAAAUACCUACGCGUGAAAUCAACAAAUUGUUGUCCAAAACGGAAAUGGCAAUUCAUUUGUUUGGGUUUGUUUAAAAACCGACUACAUAUAUCCCCUAUUUUUGUUUACGGACAACUAAAAGUGUUUUUGAACGUAAACAUGAAUACGGGCAUUAAAUUAGCUGAAAUUAUAUUAAUCGAAAUAAUCCAUUAUUACUUAAUCUUUUUCCAUAGUUUCUCGCUAUACUUUUUGAGCGACCACCAGCCUUGAAUGGUUAAUUUAAAUUUUCAACUCAAUCUGUUCAUCAUCCAGUAGCAUUUCUUGUAUUUUACUCCACCCAAAUCACAUAAAGUCGCCUUCCAACGGUUCGCCUUUUCAUCUUUCGUCAAUUGUGUUACUGCCGUUAAGAUUAUUGACUGCAUCUACAGCUAUUUGUGUGACGCAAUUAAACGAUCGAUGAGCCUCGAUCGCAAUAUCAGCCCAGCUUUAACCAAUCUGCAUCCAUCUCUCAUCAUCCCAUCAAAAUCGACGACACAUCACACAUCUAUCUACAACAACACACAUCUCUACCCCAACGAGACUCUUCUUCCGCCCGACAACCACCGAAAGCUGAACUACAGCAGCGCUCGUGCAUCGACACCAUUGUCCCGUUCUUCUGCCCGUCAGCUCACCUACAGAAUCGUUUCGACGCUCAUGAUGCCGCUCGUCAGCAUUCGCCAACUUUUACCAACUUCUACAAAUCUGCUAGCACUUUUCUUCCUGUACCAACUCGUGCGACGGGAGCCAAUCCACCAUAAACACGCGAGAUCACCUUGCUCUUACCGCCCACUUGCCCGGAAGCGAUUUCCAACAUCUUCUGGACCAACAUCAGGCUAGCACUGAACAAUGACUUCCGCGAACGCCGCCUCCGAAAGCUAUGAUCAGACCCCCACCCGCCAAGGAAGUCCUCGUUCGGUAUCGUCGAAUGGUUCCACCGCUUCCCAGUUCCCCGACAACUUCUCAGCCAUGUUGGCCAGCAUCGUUUGCCGCGCAACCACCAUCUCCAAUCGACUCCAAAUCCGCUUACUACAUGUGCUGUACGUUCUGCUCUUCUUUUCAACCAAAU